AUGACGGAUAAGUUAGAAAUGAGUUUAGACGAUAUAAUUAAUCAGUUCGUAUCAAACCUGGACUAUGGAGUAUUAAGUUCAGACAUACAGGUGAUCUUCUCAAACAUUGGUCCUAUACACAGUGCAACGGUGAACUAUGAAAAGUCUGGUCGCUCCAUGGGCUCGGCUUACGUCGUAUUUGAGCGAAAAGCAGAUGCUGUCAGGGCUAUGAAACUGUACAACAGGGUUCCUUUAGAUGGUCGCCCAAUGCAUAUUGAAUUGACUACGACAGAUGUUGAAGUUGCGAUGCAGCAAGCCAACCGAUUCAGCGACGGCUUCACUCGCAGGCUUAGUGCUGGAGGUUUUGGCCACGGAGUUACUGGAAGAGGUUUCAGAAGAAAUGGUCGAGGCGAGGGAAGAGGUGACGAACGAGCAGCUAAAAACAAAGCCCCAACUGCUGCAGAGUUAGAUGCAAAAUUAGAUGCGUACAUCAGCCAAAGAAAGUAG